GCUCGCAGUCUGCAGUCCAUUGGUUCUCUCCCCGUAGCCCCCGCCCCCAGACGUUCGAGGCGGCGGGGCGGGCCACGUCAGGCAGCCGGCGCGGGGCUGAGCUUGUGGCAGAAGGGAGAGUCUGCAUGUAUACCUGUAAGAGAAUCUGAGAGAAUAAAAAAUGUCAGAUGAUAUCAGGAAAAGGUUUGAAUUUCCAAAUUCUCUUAUCCAAUCACAGGCUGUGGGUCAUCUCAUUGCUGCCGUCCUAAAGGAAAGUGGUUUUUCAGAAAAGAUCCACCAAUCCACAGACCAGACUCCGGCUUUGAACUUGCUGUGGGAGAAGUGUUGCGGUGAUAAUGCGGUGGUUCGAACGGCCUGCUGCGAGGCUCUGGUGGCACUCGUCGCCCAGGAUCACGCAGAGUUCAGCUAUGUGCUCAAUGGGAUACUCAACCUGAUUCCGUCGACCAGGAAUACACAUGGCUUGCUAAAAGCCAUUAUGAAGUUAUUGCAAAUGCAAGCUCUAAAGGAAGGACAAGGUGGGGAGAAGAAUAUUCAGAAUUUAUAUACUAUAAGAAAUCGUCCUCAGCCUUUGAUCACUGUGCUUGAACAUAGACCUGAUUGCUGGCCAGUACUUUUGCAGCAGCUGACGGCUUUUUUCCAGCGAUGUCCUGAAAGGUCAGAAGUCUCAUGCAUCCAAAUAAUGGCACCAUUUCUGUGGUAUCUGUAUUGUGAACCAUCUCAGUUAGAAGAAUAUGCUAAACUCCGACUAACCCUGCUGAAAGUCUUACUUCAGCCCCGGGUUCCUGGUGACACAGAACAGCCAUCAACAUUGGAACAACAGAUACUUCAACUGUGCUGUGAUAUGGUUCCAUGUCUGCAGGUAAAAGAUUUGGUCCAGACAACAGAAGUGAUGACGUUUAUUGAAGAAGUAUAUUUAAGCCUUCUGCGUCAUCCCAUUUUCUGGAAAAUUCAGCUUAGCCAGCUGACCCUUCAGCUCUUGUGUGUCUGUGAAGUCAGCUUAAAGAUAACUGGGGAAUGCUCCUCGUUAAUUCACCUUUUAGAACACAGCGUUGAACUUCUGAAGGAGGAUUUUCCUGUUGAACUGGUCAUAAUUGGAAUAGCUUUACUGCUUCUACAGACUCCAGCAAGUCAGCAGAAGCCGAUCUUAAGUCUGGCUCUGAAGCUCGUCUCUUUUGCUGAGGGUCAGAAAAUCCCAAAGGCCUCCUUGGUGCUGGUGAUGCCCCUUCUGCAGAUCCUGUCUUCUACUGCCUUGGAAGACUGUAUGUCCACGGACGAAGAAGGUCCCUCUAGGCAGCAGUUGGCUGUAAACCUUUUGGAAAUAGUACAGCAGGAAUCCUGCAGAGACGACCGCCGGAAGCUCUCCUACAAGCUUGCGUUCCCCAUAACCGGCAUGUAUGGAUCAAUAUUUACAGCCUGGAGGAUCCUCGAAGUAAUGAGAGAAAAGUCUGCUGCAAGUGACUGGUUGUUUUCUGUAGAGUCCUUGCUCCCUAUAACCACAGUAAUCCCUGCGCAUGUUUUUCUUGUGUUGGCUCACCUCCUUGUUGAAGAUCAAGGACAAAAUCUUCGCCAAAUACUGAAGGUCACUACAGAAUUGGCCCAAGCAGAUUCCUCUCAGGUACCAAAUCUGAUUCCAGUUUUGAUGUUCAAAUUGGGAAGACCACUGGAACCUGUAUUAUAUAAUGAUAUCUUGUAUACUUUGCCUACACUUGGUGUUCACAAGGUGUGCAUAGGACAAAUUCUACGAGUGAUCCAACUUCUUGGAACUACUCCACACCUAAGAGCUGUCACUGUGCGCUUGUUGACAUCUUUGUGGGAAAAGCAGGAUCGUGUAUAUCCUGAACUGCAGCGUUUCAUGGCCAUGUCUGACGUGCCUUCUCUGUCUGUGGGCAAGGAAGUCCAGUGGGAGAAACUCAUCGCUAAAGCAGCAUCGAUAAGAGACAUAUGUAAGCAAAGGCCCUAUCAGCAUGGAGCAGACAUGUUGGCAGCCAUUUCCCAGGUGUUGAAUGAGUGCACCAAACCUGACCAAGCCACUCCAGCAGCCUUGGUGCUACAAGGUCUUCAUGCCCUCUGCCAAGCUGAGGUUGUUUGCAUUCGCUCCACGUGGAAUGCUCUCUCCCCGAAGCUCAGCUGUGACACGAGACCUCUCAUUUUGAAGACCCUCAGUGAACUGUUCUCUCUGGUUCCUUCCUUGACAGUCAAUACAGCUGAAUAUGAGAAUUUUAAAGUCCAAGUCCUCAGCUUCCUCUGGACCCACACUCAAAACAAGGAAUCAAUUGUAGCAAACGCUGCCUAUAAAUCUCUGUCACAUUUUAGCGCGGGAGAGCAUACCGUUCUUCAUCUGCCUGAAGAGAUAAGACCGGAAAUCCCUAUUCCUGAUGAGCUAGAAGAAGAUGAAGAUGAUGAGGGUGAUGAAAAGGAUCUGGAUCUUUCCAUCCCUGGCUCUUGCUAUCUCAAACUACUGUCACUUACUGCUCCUUUGGUUUUUCCAGCUUUGGAGGAAUUUUUUACAUCUCUUGUGAAGCAAGAAAUGGUGAAUAUGCCCCGUGGAGUAUAUCACUCUGCAUUAAAAGGAGGUGUUCGCUCAGACCAAGGAAAGACCGUAGCAGGAAUCCCCAAUUUUAUAUUGAAAAUGUAUGAAACAAACAAGCAACCGGGUUUGAAACCUGGCCUUGCAGGUGGUAUGUUAUUUUGUUAUGAUAUUUCAACGUACCAGAGUAAAGAAGGCAAACCAUUGAAUCGACUGAUGGCCAGUAGAGGGCGAAGUUUCAAGCAGACCUCGCUUGCUCUUGUGCAUGAGGUUCACAUCCAGCUUUCUGAGUGGCACCGUGCGAUUUUCCUGCCACAGGCCUGGCUUGCGUAUAUGAGUCGAGCCUACCAUGCCAUUUUACAGGGCAGAAUAGGAGAACUGGAUUUGCAGUUGAAACAUGGGAAGGAAGGACCCGAGGAGGUGCAGUACAAAAAAGGCACAGCCUGGCUCUGGGUCCGAGACAUGUUGACUGAUGAGAUCACCAAGACGGCUGUGAAGGAGAGCCCAGUGGUCAAGGGCAACGCGCUGUUAGCCUUAAGCAGCCUUGCUGUCGUCGUAUCCAGACACGAAGCCAGCCUCUCCUCCGACUCUGAGGGGGUCCCGGAGGUUCAUCCUAAUUUCCUUUCAAUGAAAGAGUGGGUUUCCAUGGUGUCUGAUACUCUCCUGGUCAUUGUGGAUAGCCAUCACCAACCCAGAGGACAAAUCUUCUCCUCAUUUUAUUAUAAAUCCUAUUCUGGUGAAAACACAGCCAGUGCCAUUGCCCGCUCGGCUGCCGCCACGGCUUUGUCUCUCCUCGUGCAAGUUUUCAUUAUCUCUUGCAAAGAGAAGGUUGAGGAAAUCCUCAACAUGCUGACUGCCAGGUUACCUGGGAAACCAAGAGCUGAUGAGUCUCAAGCCGUGCAAAUCCACAUGGGCCUUGCUUUGGGGAUGUUUCUGUCCCGCUUGUGUGAGGAGAAACUCAGUGAUAUAUCUGGCCAACAGAUGAACCUCCUUCUGAUGAAGUCUUUGGAUGCCCUGGAAAAUUGCUGCUUUGAUGCUAGUCUUGAAUAUAACACGGGCUGUAUAUUGGGAGUUGGACUUGUUCUGUCCGUCAUGAGCCACAGCAGCCGAAUGGAGUCUCGAGUUCAUGUGGCAGCAUCGCUUCGGAAGCUGUCUACCUACCUGGAUGACAGUGGGAGCCAAAGCAGAACAUUUCAGGAGGUCCUUGCCUAUACCCUCAGCUGUGUAUGCACAUCAGCAUUCAGUGCCGGAAUCAUUGAGGCUACCGAGGCUGAAGAUAUCAUGAACAAGCUUCAGCUGUUGGUAGAAAACAACCAACAGACGUCAGGUUUUGCCCUAGCGUUAGGAAACCUGGUUCACGGAUUGUCUGUGUGUGGACACGGAAAAGCGGAGGACUUGGGCCACCGGCUGCUCCCUGCCUGGAUCAGAAUUGUUCUGACAGAGGGCACUCCGACAAUGCUCUGUCUUGCAGCUCUUCAUGGCAUGGUGGCCUUGGUGGGCUCUGAAGGGGAUGUAAUGCAGCUGAAGGCAGAAGCCAUCCAGACCUCUCAUUUUCAAGCCAGACUUAAUGAAGUCAUUAAAACUGUAACUCAGGUCAUCAGCGUGUCUGGAGUGAUUGGUCUUCAGUCAAAUGCGCUCUGGCUUCUGGGCCAUCUUCAUCUGUCUACUCUGUCCUCGAGUCAAAGUAGGACCUCCGUUCCUACCGACUAUAGCUAUUUGCCCGAGAGCAGUUUUAUUAGAGCAGCCAUUGGCUUCUUCAUUACAGGAGGAAAAAAAGGUCCUGAGUCUGUGCCUCCUUCCCUUCUCAAAGUCGUGAUGAAACCCAUCGCAGCUGUUGGAGAGAGCUACCAGUUCCCCCCCGUGAGCUGGGCCGCGCUCCUCUCGCCACUCAUGAGGCUAAACUUCGGAGAAGAAAUACAGCAGCUGUGCCUGGAAAUUAUGGUGACGCAGGCGCAAUCAUCCCAGAAUGCAGCUGCGCUGUUGGGACUGUGGGUGAUGCCACCACUGAUCCAUAGUCUGAGUUUGAACGUCAAGAAAUACCUCCUGGUUUCUACACCUCUGUGGAUAAAACACGUCUCAGACGAACAGAUGGCGGGUUUUGUUGAAAACUUAAUGGUGGCGGUGUUUAAAACGGCUUCCCCACUUCCCAAUCCCGAGUUAUGCAUGAGUGCCUUACAGGGCCUGAGUCAGGCCAUGAAACUGCCCAGCCCUGCCCACCACCUCUGGAGUCUGCUCUGCGAAGCCACCGGGAAGAUUUUUGACCUUCUGCCAAAGAAGAUUCGGAGAAAUGAUCUAGAGCUAUAUAUCAGCGUAGCAAAAUGCCUCUCAGAAAUGACAGAUGAUGAAGCCAAUCGAGUUGCCCAGAUUACUGAGAGCAGCGUAGAAAAGGCUGCCUUUGUCAGACUGUACUUGGUCUCUCAAGGACGAUUCCCCUUGACGGGCUUGACUGAUAUACUCAGCGUUGCUAUUCAGCACCGUGAAAAAGACACACUAGCUUGGAUGGUACUGCACGGUUUAUACCAAGCCCGGAUUGUGAGCCAUGCCAACACAGGCGUGUUGAAGAGAAUGGAAUGGCUCUUGGAACUGAUGGGUUACAUCAGAAACCUUGCAUACCAGUCUACCUCUGUUCAGAACGUGGCUCUUGACGAGGCUUUGGACUUCUUGUUGCUGAUAUUUGCAAUCGCAGUGGUUGCAUGGGCAGACCACGCGGCCCCUCUCCUCCUUGGCCUUAGUGCCAGUUGGUUGCCAUGGCAUCAGGAAAAUGGCCCAGCUGGGUCAGUUUCGAGCUUCCUUGGCAGGAGUCCAAUGCACAGGGUCACUCUGCAGGAGACUCUCACUCUCCUUCCCAGUAGCAUGCCUAUUCUGCUGCAGAAAGAGCCAUGGAAGGAACAGACCCAGAAGUUCAUUGACUGGCUCUUCAGCAUCAUGGAAAGCCCCAAAGAAGGCCUCUCAGCCAAAUCCAGGGAUCUUUUGAAAGCCACCCUGCUGUCCUUGAGAAUUCUCCCAGAGUUUAAGAAGAAAGCCGUAUGGACCAGAGCGUAUGGUUGGUGAAGUUCUGUGAUAGCCGGCAGCAUCCUCAGAUGGAUGAGGAAAACCAUAGAAAUGGAAGAAGUUUUUCCAGAAUUCGUGUCUGGGGUCGCUGAGCCUUGACGCAGAGAGUUAAGGGUCACGAAAAGGUGGAGACAUAACCGACAGUUUGACUCACGCGUACCAGGAGAAGCGGGCAUUGCUUCCAUACCCAGGCCAGUUGAGACUGAAACAAGAACUUGAAUUUUCCUGUAUUUGGCAGGCGUUCAACCUGAAGAUUUACUCUGUGCAAAUUGGACAACAUCAUCCUCUCCCCCGUAAAUUCUAGUAAAAUAAUCCUGUGAAUGU